AUGCUUCAACUUAUCUUGCUUCUUGCUAUUGCAACUUCGAUCCAGGUUACAGGAAAACCGGGAUUCCUUGCCUACACCGAUUUCAGAGGUAAACCCUAUAAGGUCACCUACGACGAACGAUCCUUCUUCCUCGAUGGAAAGAGAAGUAUUUUCUUGGCUGGAUCUGUCCACUAUCCAAGAGCUACUCCAGAGAUGUGGGACACGAUUCUCGAUCAGGCUGUAGAGGAUGGACUGAAUUUGAUUCAGAUUUACACUUUCUGGAAUCUGCAUGAGCCGGUGAAAGGUCAGUACAAUUGGGAAGGAAUUGCUGAUAUUCGACUGUUCCUCCAGAAGUGCGCAGAUCGCGGCCUCUUUGUGAACAUGCGAAUUGGACCUUAUGUGUGUGCGGAAUGGGACAAUGGAGGUAUUCCAGUGUGGGUGAACUAUCUUGACGGUGUCCGUCUUCGUGCGAACAACGAUGUUUGGAAGAAGGAGAUGGGUGACUGGAUGAAGGUGCUUACGGAUUACACGCGUGACUUCUUUGCUGAUCGCGGUGGUCCUAUCAUCUUCUCUCAGAUCGAAAACGAGCUCUGGGGUGGAGCGAGGGAGUACAUCGACUGGUGUGGAGAGUUUGCUGAGUCUUUGGAGUUGAACGUUCCUUGGAUGAUGUGCAACGGAGAUACCUCUGAGAAGACAAUCAAUGCUUGUAAUGGAAAUGAUUGCUCGAGCUAUCUUGAGUCUCAUGGACAGAGUGGCCGCAUCUUGGUGGAUCAGCCUGGCUGCUGGACCGAAAACGAGGGCUGGUUCCAGAUUCAUGGCGCUGCAAGCGCGGAGAGAGACGACUAUGAGGGCUGGGAUGCUCGUUCUGCGGAGGACUACACGUUUAACGUGCUGAAAUUCAUGGACCGUGGAGGCUCGUAUCACAACUAUUACAUGUGGUUCGGAGGAAACCAUUACGGAAAGUGGGCGGGUAAUGGAAUGACGAAUUGGUACACGAACGGAGUGAUGAUUCACUCGGAUACUCUUCCGAAUGAGCCGAAACACUCGCACACCGCGAAAAUGCACCGCAUGUUGGCGAAUAUUGCGGAGGUUCUGCUGAAUGACAAGGCGCAGGUGAACAACCAGAAGCACCUGAACUGUGAUAACUGCAAUGCGUUCGAGUACAGAUAUGGCGAUCGAUUGGUGUCGUUUGUCGAGAACAACAAGGGCUCGGCCGAUAAGGUGAUCUAUCGCGAUAUCGUGUACGAGCUGCCUGCCUGGUCGAUGAUUGUGCUGGAUGAGUACGAUAAUGUACUGUUUGAAACGAACAACGUGAAGCCUGUGAACAAGCAUCGUGUCUAUCAUUGUGAAGAGAAGUUGGAGUUUGAGUACUGGAAUGAACCAGUGUCAACGCUCUCGCAAGAAGCCCCGCGUGUUGUCGUAAGUCCGAAGGCGAACGAGCAGCUGAACAUGACUCGCGAUCUGACCGAGUUUUUGUACUAUGAGACAGAAGUGGAGUUCCCUCAGGACGAAUGCACACUGUCGAUCGGAGGAACCGACGCGAACGCUUUUGUGGCGUAUGUGGACGAUCAUUUCGUCGGCAGCGAUGAUGAGCACACGCACCACGAUGGAUGGCACACCAUGAACAUCAACAUGAAGAGUGGAAAGGGAAAGCAUAAGCUUGUUUUGCUCUCUGAAUCCCUGGGAGUAUCGAAUGGAAUGGAUUCGAAUCUCGAUCCUUCUUGGGCAUCGUCUCGUCUGAAGGGAAUUUGCGGAUGGAUUAAGCUUUGUGGUAACGACAUCUUCAACCAGGAAUGGAAGCACUAUCCGGGAUUGGUUGGAGAAGCCAAGCAAGUUUUCACGGAUGAGGGAAUGAAGACGGUAACUUGGAAGUCGGAUGUUGAGAAUGCGGAUAAUCUGGCUUGGUAUCGAUCCACGUUCAAGACUCCUCAAGGACUCAAGCGAGGAAUUGAGGUGUUGCUUCGUCCUGAGGGAAUGAACCGAGGUCAGGCUUAUGUGAAUGGACAUAAUAUUGGUCGCUAUUGGAUGAUCAAGGACGGAAAUGGAGAAUACACUCAGGGAUAUUAUCACAUUCCGAAAGACUGGUUGAAGGGUGAAGGUGAAGAGAAUGUGCUGGUUCUUGGUGAGACUCUGGGUGCGAGCGAUCCAAGUGUGACGAUCUGUACUACUGAAUAUGUUUCGAAUUAA